AUGGAUGACCUCUUGGCAACGCUGACUUUUAUCUACGUCUUCGACUCUUCGGUGUCUUUUCUCUCUCUCUUCGACGCCAAUUUUUCCCCCUUCUUCCUGCUUCUGCAAUGUCCUCCAACCCUAGUUGCACUGUUUACAUUGGAGUCAUUUAUUGGAUGUUUGUUGCAUAAAGGAGACCCUUCUGCAGAACAAUGUAACUUGGAUGAACGAGUAAGUGAUCGGGUUUUAUACGAUAUCCUAAUACAGGCUGGUCGGGUGGUUGACUUGCACAUUCCUCGAGACAGGGAAACUGAUAGACCAAAAGGUUUUGCUUUUGCAGAAUAUGAAACCAAGGAGAUUGCUGAUUAUGCUGUGAAGCUGUUUUCUGGCCUUGUGACUCUUUACAACCGAACUUUGAGAUUUGGAAUUUCUGGCCAAGACAAAUCUGCACCAAACACACAAGCUUCAACGCUUGCAUCAAAUUCUCCUUUCAAAUCAAGGCUAAAUGUAGAGGUUUCUCCGAGCUCUUUGUCACAAUAUACACAAGUUUCACCUGGUGCGGUACAAUUAUCUAAUGUAAAUAGAUCACAGAUGGAUCACAACAAUUAUGACCAUCGAAGAGGUCAUGGGGCAACUUGGGAUGGUACCAACCUUUCUACGUCAAACCGCUAUGAUACAAGUAACCCAAAACAUCAUGAUCGUUAUUAAAUCUGUUAGUAGUUGUUAUCGAUCAUUGGAGCAUUAGAUGGAUUUGCUGAUGAUCUAAGCUCAUCUUUUAGUAACGUAGUUGUGGCAUGACGAACUCGGUUUGGUAUUUCUUGCAACAUCUGCUUACUUAGCAUCUGUCUGGAUUGAAUGUUUGACCUCAAGUAAUACCAAGCAAGCUGAAAGCCUGUCACACUUAUCUUUGAAA